CAUCUAUCUAUCUGAUCGAUUCAAGAAGAAUUGGCAGUUCGUUGUUUGAACAACUACACAACUUUACGCUCAAUAACACAUAUCACGUCUCAAAUCACCAUGGAUCUCCAAGGACAGCCUAUCCCUUCCGGCCAGAGAAGCACCAAGGUCACCUCCGACCCGGAGCGCAGAAACAACCCCAUCCAGGAGCCCUCCGGCCCCGUCACCAACGACUCCCUGGCCGCCGAAUCAGCCACCAAGGGCGGUGCCUUCUCUCAGAACCGCGGAGCCCAGCCCAUGGGCGUCUCAGGUGGUCAAUCCACCGUCCGCACCACCGACACUAGCGCCGCCACCAAGCUCGACUCCAACGCCGACACCCAGGAGAAGUACCCCGAGGCUCUGAGCGGUCAGGGCGGUUACCCCGGCGCUCACGAGCUGAAGAGCGGCUACGUCGGCGGUCCUACCUCUGCUAAGCAGGACCUCGGCAUCAACCAGGACCAGUACCCUGCUUCUCAGAAGCUGUCUCAGCAGGGCCAGGGCCAGGGUCGUCAACAGCAGUCGUCCGGUGGAGCUGGCUAUCAGCAGCAAUCCGCACCGGCCAGUGGCAGCGGAUACAACAGCCAGUACAAUGCUGGAGCGGCACCGUCGUACACUGAGGAUGUGACUAGCCACUUGGGCAACACUAAGCCCAAGGGGGCCAACUUGAAGGAAGGAGAUAUCCCGGAUGAUGCGCCAAACGCUAGCUACACUACUGAUAUUGGUAGUGAGAAUGACCCUGGUCGGUACGCACAGGCUCGCUUCCAGCGUAAAGCCGCCGAGAGCGGUCCGGAUGGUACCCCUGCUGGUAGACAGAAGGGCGUGGAUAACCAGCACUGGUACCAGCAUUUGCAGUCCGAUCAGAGGGCUUAAAUGGGGCUAUGAUGGAUGAUGUCACGAAAAGCAAAGCGGGCUUUUGUUUCCAUUAUCUUUGUGUAAUGUUUUGGGCCUGGUAGAAAAGGCUUAUUCUGGGGAGGACUGUGUCCUUC